AUGUCUAGGUGUAACGUCCCUUGGGAUGAUAUCCAUUCCGAGAUCGUUAGGAUCACCGAGUCUCUUAGAAGCCUCGCUGUUUCAAGAGCCACGAGCCUCGAUCUCGAGACCAGAGCUGGAGAUUCCGAGUCAGGAUCCGACAAUGAUCAACCAGAAGGCCUGCUCGCUCUAGUCGAACCCGGAAAUAGUGGAUCGAAGCAUACCUAUCUUCUGAAAAGGGCCCCGCCAACGGAAUUCCCUCCACGACAAGAUGUCAAACGAGUCGUAGACGGUGGAAACGACAUGGCAUCUGUUUCUAUCCUCCAAGAUAGCCUCAAAUACUACGAAAAAGCGAGAAGAAUCUACGAGAACAAUGUUCAAACCCGGGAGAGACUUCUUGCAAUCAAUGCACCUGCUUCUCAAACUAUUGGGAAGGGACCCGAUGGGCCUGAGAAAUCCGAAGACUUAAUUCUUGACUACAUCCAGCAAAUUCUCAAGCAUAUCAACAAACUUCUCUCAGUGCAACACUAUGACUACGAUAGAAGCUGGGGUAGUAUGGUCGAUGAGCUUGAUCUAGAUGAGGGUUUCUUUGUCACGAAUAUCAGCAAAACUCACCAAUAUGGAGAACUCUACGAGUUCUUGGUUGCUACCAGGCUCGCCUUAGCCGAAUAUCGAAUUAUGGAGUCCUAUCACAUUUGGACGUCUGAAGAACUUGCAAAAUUCGGCAAGGAGAAACUCGGGAAAUACCUGGAGAUGAGAGACAAGACGAAUUGGACCCAGGUCUGGUACGAAGUUGGAGAGGAGCGAAAGCUUCUUGUCGAAUAUGUGAAAGAGUUCGAGGAAUACUACCAGGACAUUGCGGAAAUGCGUAUUAUGAAAAGCUACGGACAUGCGGUUGAAACAUUCCUUCCACCCCGAAAGCCGUACACUCCUUACAUCGACGACAUCAUCAGUGCCAGUCAUGACACCGGAAUCACGCACGAAUUUUUUGCUAAAGAAGUUUUGUUUCUAGCGGAAGAAAUGGCCACCGGGGAGAGCUUCAUCUCACAUUGCAUUCAAACCGGGGACCAGAACUAUUUGGCUCUCCGAUUUGAAGUUGAUAUUGGUGCCUUAAGGAUUGCAUUCAAUGGCCAUCCAAAUCCCAAGCGUUAUUUUUUUGCCAAGGACCGUAUCGAAAAACUCCGCUGCCUCCUCUUCAAGAAGAAGAAGGUUAAUGGGAAAUAUAUCGCAAGGGACACAUGGUCAGUUGCAGGUGUGAAGGUCUUGGAUAUCUUGGAAAAGGUUGAUGAGGAGGUGCGCUCUGAUGUGCUCGGACUUUUUCUUAAUGAUCCAAGGUCUCUUCCAGGUCUUGAAGCCGCUGAUUUCGGAUCUGAGAGUGAAGGUUCGGAGCUUGCAGAAUAUUCUGUGGAACCAUCUGAGUUUUAA